AUGAACCGCAAUUGGGUGAAGAACCAACAGAUGCAGCGAAACCCGGCAAAGUUGAAGAUCGUUCAAAAUUGGGGCAAACGUGGAGGAUGCUUUGGUGAAGUGGCACUUCUGGACAAAGAAUCACUCCGAACAGCAACGGUUAUCGCCGAUUGUGAGACAGAGUUGAUUGUGGUCGAUCGAGCACUGUACAACCGCUCCUUGAAGGAGGUUCACCAAGUGGAACUCCGGGAGAAAGCAGAAUUUGUCAACCGUUGUCCAACAUUCGAAGGUUGGCCAUAUGCUCUACUAAAACAAGUCGGCUUGUCUUUGAGGAAGGUAACCAUGUCCUAUGGGGCUCCCGUUGUUCGUCAGGGAGAACCACUGAAUAAAAUGUUCUUCCUUCUCAGCGCAACAAAAGAGAGAGAGUUCACCUGCCGAGUACACACAGUGAUUCAACGAUUAGGUGCAAGAGCUGAUUUGCUUUCGUCUAAUAUUCUGAGAUGGCUCAAUGGCCAAGUACAAGUUUCAGUUGAUAUUCUCAUGCACCAAAAACAGUUCCCUGAAAUGAUGCCGAAACCCAAGCCCCUGUCAACUGGUGCACUGCUAUCGACUGACAACAGCACGCUGGAUAUCGAAUAUCAACUGAACCCGCUGGAAUUACUCUUAGCUCCGCUAGAUGCUGACCAGACAGUCAACGCCCUCUCAAUAUUCAGCGCGUCGCAGCCUUGUGUCAAACCCAGACAGUGCGAGUCAGCGUUGAUCAAGGUCAGACAACGCCUCCGCAAUAUGCAGCGCAUCGCAGCCUCAUUGUCACAGAAGGAACGUGCGAAGCAAAAACUGGUGCAAAAACCACUCAGCCGUCUGGGCUACCGGUUUGGAGAACGCCUACGUGGAUUGAGACACAUUGAUCUGGCUAUCUACUCCGGUGGCGAGAUAUUUGGUGAACUGGAAUAUGGUUUCGGAAUGAAGACCUACUGUUGCACGGCCACCUGUAUUGAGCCGUGCGAGUUCUUCGUGCUUCACAAGAACAACAUCACCCGCCUUAUGAACAGCCGGCGAAACAUCAACUCCUGGAAGAAGCUUGCAGCGCUGGCGGAAAGAAACCUUGUAAACCACUUUGAACAGAUUCAGUUGCAUCGAGUACCAUUGUUUCAGAGUCUAUAUGAUAAGUAUUUGGAUAAAAAACGUCAGAUGGCUAAGUGGUUAGAGUGCGAAUUUGCUGAGCAGAAGGUCCGUGGUUCGAACCCGACCUCUGGCUCUCGACUUCCCUUGUCUGGGCUUGAGUUAAUUGGCAGUACGCUAGCCCUCGAGCUUCUUUCGGGUGGCAUGGACCGGAAGGAUGCUACAUCUGAACAAGUAGAGGCUCUCAACUCCUCGAAGACGGUGUACCCCAGUCGACGGAGACGUUUUGUAAUUCCCCUUGCAACCCGAUUACGACGAGCACAUCUGACAUCAUGCGUGAUCCAGCAGGACUGCAAAAUAUGCACUAAACUCUUCGGUUUACCACAGUUGCAUCGGACCUGGAUACCCCGGAUAAAUAUCCGUGGAAACACUCGUUCUGGGAAUACGAGCCAUCGGUUUGAGAGAGGCGAAGUGACCAACUCUCGUAAACCGCGACCGUCAACGCUGUUGUGCAGACUAUCACUCCAAGCAGCCACCAGCUCCUCCUUGGUGUUUACGCAUGCGCCAUGGACUCGGAUCGGAAGGCUGAGAUCCGGAACAAUUUUGCUAAAUGCGGAAUCGUUGGCCACAUUGCGUAGCGCAAGAGCGAUUGUGACUCUUGUUAGGAUCAGCGGGUACCGGAAUACCUCACUCCGCCAAGCGUAUCUGCAUUGUGCUGGGUGGACUGUGCAUGUCGGCGAUGUUGUGGGAACAAUCAGCGCAGGUCAACUGGUCAACCGCGACCAUGUUAGUACCAACAAUUUCAUUUUCGUGAACUCGAUGGUGGGCUACCAAGCCAUCUUUCUAAUUGCAACACUUGCCACAUUCCUCACACGUGAACCCAACGAGUCUGUCCUGUGUACUGGUUGGAACUGGUGCAGAGGCGCCAGACGAUUCGUAGCUGAAGAAGAGCAACGUGAACGUGCUGCUCAGGCUAAAAAAGAUGUCAAAUCGGUCAGCUCGUACGAGGAGUUCAUACCCAGUCGAGGAGCAGUCAUCGACCAGUACGGACCAGGCACCGUGUUCUACAGGAACCAACAGAGACGAGCGGCAGCGGAACGCGCGGAAAAAAUAAAAA